UGAAUAUGUAUAUCAUAUAAUUUCAAGCUAUAGUAUAAUACAUAUGGGCCUAUGUGUCUUUGAAAAUAUAUUUUACUAAGAAUAUUUGUGUGUUUCCGAUUGAGUGGAAUACUUGUCUUGUUUUUUUUUUUAGGUUUUAAAUGAAAAUCUACUAAAUAUUACUUGCUACAUGCAUUGAUGGACUUUUCAUUUGCAUGUCACAAAAAAUCCGGAAAUAUCUUGUUCAACGAAUGGACUAGAUAUUAUGCUACUUCCUGCUAUUUCAAGUUAAAUGCGCGGGCAUGUUCAGACUUCCUUAGUUACGUAAUAGUAUUGCUAUAGAGAAGCUGCGUUUUCGUGACUCCCAAAGAUUGAUAGUUUGUGAAUACUAUCAAUCUUUGCCUUCGCCCAUCGAUUCGUCGAAAGUGUCCGGUGCUCGUGUGUGGUUGUACAUUGUUCAAUUGGAACAGUUUAUCAACAGUAAAUUUAUUUUUAUUCUUUAAUUAAACUCAGAAACUUGAAAGGCCGUAUUUGGAUAUCUUGGAAAUCAUCGUGUCCAAAGAUGAUGGACACUACGAUUGUGAAAUGUGAAGUCCUGCCCAAACGUGAACCGAUUGUAGUAAAUCGGGACGUUUGGUACAGCUUCAUGAGCAAAGAGGAUGCCGACCCUCAGGCCUGCUGGCUUGAGAGGAAGCGGCAAGAGAGGAUGAAAGCUGAAAAAGAUGCCCUGGGAACUUCUACAUCUAGAAUUUCUGCAACUACAAAUUCCUCCUCUGGGUCUUUGAUCUUGGACUCCUUGAAAUUGAGAUAUAUUCAGCAGAAGGUGAACAGAAACCAAAACCAGACACCUUCUCCUCCAAGUUCAGUUUCUCCACCAAGUUCAGUGUCAUCAACUGCAUCAGAUGAUGAGGUCCCCAGAAAUCCUAAAACUGUCUCAGAUGAUGAGGUUCCCAGAAACCUUAAAAAAUCAUCUUCAAGGGCUGAAAAUGAAACAGAGGCUGCACCACUCUCAGGCCAUAUACAUGAGGCUUCUAACAGCAAACACUAUGCCAAUAUCGGCCAAUAUUUGAAUGAAAUCUACCACAAAGAACAGAUUUGUGACAUUUCAUUCAAACUGGGCAGCAUCAUUUACCCGGUGCAUAAGGUGGUCCUUGCUAGCCAGAGUCCUUUGUUUGAGAAGUUGUUUAACAGCAAGGACUUUACUCAGCCACCCAUAAGACCAAGGCAAAUUAAGGUUACUGGUGUUUCCGAUGAGGCUAUGAAAAUAUUCCUAAAUAGCAUUUAUUCUGGUGAUAUCAAUCUCAUGAAUCCUGAUUGUCUGCAUGAGGUACUUGAUCUUUCUCGAAUGUUUGAAGUGCAGCAAAUCACACAGAUGUGUUUGAAGAAAAUCUCCUCUCUUGGUCACCAUGACAUGCUGAAACUAUUGCAAAAGAUGAGGAGGCAUAAAGAUGUUCAACUUUGUGACAUUCUGAUGGAUGGCAUAGCCAAAAAUUUUAUGGAUAUUAGGAACAGUUCCUCUUUCUACGGCUUAGAUGUCGACACCCUCUGCAUGAUUUUGUCCAAUGAAAGGCUUGAUGUUAAUUCAGAGAUGGACAUUUUUGAGUGCACUGUAAGUUGGCUUCACCAUCAUAAGGAGGAUCGAAUGAAGAAUCUGGAGAGAGUGAUGGAUACCGUGAGGUUCUCACACCUAUCAAGCCAGCAAUUGAUGGAAUGCUUUGUAAAAUGUCCCCCUCUUAAGCAGAGCUCCCAUUGUGUGGGCUUGAUCACUAUGGCCAACUGGGUUCAAACCUCGAUCAGCCUCAAUCAGCAAGAUCCUCUGAAUCUGGAGAUUCAAGAACCUAGGAGCCUUGCCAACAGUGGAGGGAGUGUCGAGCAAUAUCUAAAGACACACUGUAGCUCUGAGUUCAAGGAACCUGAUGUCAAUUAUGACAUUGUUCUAAUGACUGAGGAUGCUGUCGAGGAUUUUAAUCGUCAUGCCUGUUCCCGAAGUCAAAGCUCGUCCACCAUUUCUGCACCUUGUAUCAAGCAAUACAGGGAAUCAAAAUGGUCUAUGAUGAACGACAACCUGCAUUGGGAUCAUAAUCAUACCAAACCAAGCUUAACUGGACUACAAAGCAUGGACUGUAUGAUGGGGAGGAAACCAAAGCAAAAAGAUGUUUCCAUAGUAGAGGGGAAAAGCAACGACUGUGUCAAACAUGUCAAAAAGAAAAGGAGUAAACGAUAUAAAAAACAGGACCUCUCUGAUGGAAGGAAAGAGGAUACCAGAAAGGCGAUGGUGUGGGGAGGAGACCAGUGGUACAUGGUUGGUGGAGCCAGGUACAAAGAUUCGGAGUGUCCCUCCCCCACUAAUAAAGUAUUGGUGUACUCGUACGAGACCAAAGAGUGGAGACCAGUGGCUCCAUUGAAUAUUGCCAGGAUGGAGCAUUCCCUUUGUGAAGUAGAUGGCUAUAUAUUUGCUAUUGGUGGAAUAGGUGAAGGAAAUCGCUUGCUUUCAUCGGUGGAGUGUUUUAAUCCUAGAACCAAUUGUUGGUUCUUUGUAAAGGCACUCCCUGAGCCCAGGGCUGCUGCCUCUACCUCGGCUGAGGGGGGCAAUGUUUGUCUGAAAGGGGGAUACAGUCAAAUGAAUCAUGGGCAGCCCUCCAGUUCUUACUAUGAGAACAAAGUUGAAUUAUUCUACAACAUGGAAACCAACAAGUGGUUAAGAAAAUACUGAGGCCCAUCCAUCAAACUGAAAUCUUUUCUGGAGUUUUUUUAUUCUUUAAGGACAAUUUAAAAUCUGAACUUGAUCAAAUUUAAAUCUUUAUUAUCCGUGUAAUAUUUUUUAAUUGGAUGUUUUAGAAACAUUGAUGUAAAAGUAAUUAAAUUGUAUGCAACUGUUGGUAUUCAUUUUUUUUUCUUUGAAUUUAUUUUAUAAGUUUGCAUGCAAUGAGGAUGAACAUUCCUGGCCUUGGAACAGUGACCACAAUGUGGGGGCUUAAUUGCUAUGGCCAAAUGGUCAAUACUUGUACUCUUAUAGGU